UUCCCAACGGGUGCCUUAGGUGUUGUAAUUGUUAAAAAUUUGUUUAUAAGUUAUAACUUGGUUGUAAGUUGGGCGAAUUGUUUCAUGAAAAAGUGAUUAAAGAGAUUUCAACCUAACCCUAACUUCUAAAAUAAACAUUUUGAAUGUAUUACGGUUAGUAAGUCAAAAAACCCUUUUGUAUUUAAUGUUAUUAAUAUCUGGGAAUGAAUAUUAAUUUCGAAUUCCGUGAUAAAUACCCUCAAUAUUUUAAUAAAUUAUAUGAAUUCCAAAAAACGGCAAUGUGGGUUUUACCCAGACAGUGUUUCUCUAACGCAAGGUUUAAAAUGCCCGAAUUUGAAGUAAUGAAAAACGAGUUAAAUGAAAUAAAGGGCAAGUUAGGUUCAGUUGAUUUAGUGCAGUGGUCAUACUAUACCCGUACUCGAGAUAUAUCUGGAUAUGUUCUGAACUAUAUCAGGAAGAAAAUUAAUCCAGAGCUUUUGACGCAGGCUUGGUGCAAAUUUUAUGAAAUUCUGAAUACUUUUGGCAUUGUCAAGGAAAAUGAUAAUGAAAUAUUCCGAACAGUUCAUUUAUGUGAAGCUCCUGGGGCAUUUAUUUCUGCUUUGAAUCAUUAUUUGGUCUUACAUUAUCCAGACAUCCAGUGGGAAUGGAUAGCGAAUUCUUUAAAUCCAUAUUAUGAAGGUAAUUUAAUAUCUGAAAUGAUACCUGAUGAUAGACUCAUUCGAUUCACUCGCAAGAACUGGUAUUUUGGAUUGGAUUUAUCAGGGGAUAUUCAACAGUUUUGCAACUAUGAAGAUUUCACAUCUCGUAUCAAUGAAGAGGAAAAAGUAUCACUUGUUACUGCAGAUGGGAGUAUAGACUGUAUGUCAAAUCCUGGGGAACAAGAGAGAUUAGUAGAAUUUCUGCAGUUUAGUGAAACUAUAACUGCAUUGGCAAUUUUGAAAAAAGGUGGUUCAUUUGUACUGAAGAUAUUCACCAUAUUUGAAGAUUCUACUAUUUGUCUCUUAUAUUUGUUGAAUUGCAUAUUUGCAAAAGUAUUUGUAUUCAAACCUUGCACUUCAAAAAGUGGAAAUUCUGAGUUAUAUGUUAUAUGCUAUGAAUACCUUGGCUUUGAAUUGGUUACUCCUCUAUGGAACUGUUUACUGCAACAAUUACAGAAAGGUGAAUUUAAUAAGACCACAUCAAUGUUUUCCAUAGGAGAAAUUCCACAUUGCUUUCGUUUGCAAUUGCUUAGGUGCUGUUCAUAUUUCUUUAUUGAUAGACAAGCAAUGACAAUUAAAGAUAACAUUUAUUACUUUCAUAAUCCUGAUGUAUUUGAAAGAACAGUGUUACAGAAACUAAGACAUGGUGUUGCCAAGUAUUACAUCAAAAGAUUUAAAUUAAAAACAAUACCAGGCCAUAAAAAUUUAGUAUCUUAUCUGAAUGUAUAUGAAAAGAAAAGAAAAAUUGAUGAGUGUGAGAGUAUGUCUUAUUUAAAUAAAGGAGUAGUUACAUUUAAUAAGGAAUUGCUCAAUAAUUUUGUGGAACUUAAACAUGGCAGGCAAAUUCAAAAAGUUCAGUUUUCGAAAUUUGCAUCUUUCGAAUUUUUGGAAAACCUUUACAAAUACUCCAGGGGGCAUAGCACUGAAGAUCAGUGUCUGCACAACUUAUGUCAAAGUUAUUUACAACAACAUAAUGUGGUUAUAAAUAUAAAAAAAUAUGAUGUAAACAUCUGUUAUCAAACACAAAGAAAAAUUUUUUCAGCUGUCAAUAGUGCAUUAUCCUCCAAAAAAAACAUUAUUUUUCUCAAUGUUCCUUUCCAUACACAGUUUAUGGCAAGUUUGUGGUGUAUAUUAGCAACUGGAUUUGAAGAAGUUCAUUUUGCAGCCGGGGUGACUGUGUUUUAUAUUCCUAAUAGUGAUUUGUCUUUUGUGAAAAGCAUGUUUAAAUCAAUCAAAACCUUAUAUUGUGCUACUGAAGGAAGUUUGUCAUAUCCAGGCGAUGUUGUUCAAGUGUUAAUGCCAGAAUUUUUUGAUCUUAAUGUUGAUAUUGUCGAAGUUUUAAAGAAGAUAAACACAUUUGUUUUACCAAAAAUAAAAUAAACAUUUCCUUGUAUUCAGAGUUUUAUUAUACCUAUACAUACUUGGAAAAAUGCUUACCGAAACAAUUAGUUAAACUAAAAAGAAUAUUAUUAACAUCCCAACUUUUAUUUGGUUAUUUUGUUUCUCCUUUUAUUUGAAACAGCUAGUAAAUAUAGUUCUGUGUGGUUGGUUUCCUUUGAUAAGUGGUGAUAUUAUAAGGAGUACACGUUUUGCAAGAAAUUUGGCAUAUAAAAUUACCAGCUAUACAUUUGAAUGUCUCAUUUUGUUAAUCUCCAUGGCUUCCAAUAAAUUUAAUUUUCUACUUUUUGUGGCUGUGUGUAAUAUAUCUAAAUUGUCGUCAAAAAUGUGUUUUUCUGUGUUUAAGUGUGUAGCAUAAUUAGAAUCUAGACUAUUGUUUUUAAACGCUCUUAUAUGUUCGUUAAUGCGUUUCUUGAAGGAUCUACCUGUUUGUCCAAUAUAAAUUUUAGGACAAGAUCCACAUUUCAACCUGUAGACACCUGAUAUUUGGGAUUUUGGACAUUUCGAUUUAUUGUUUUUUAAAUAUUUUCCUAUUGUGUUGUUAGUUCUGAAAGUUAUUUUUA